CGAAGCAGCGGGCCAGUCGUGAGCUUCGUGCCGUGGUUGCUGGGGCGAUGCACCUGGCGCAUCGACCGACGUGUGCGACUGCAUCAGCAGCAGCAGCAGCAGCAGCAGCAGCAGCAGCAGCAACAGUAACAGCAUCAGCAACGAGUGGUGUAUUGCGUGUCGCACUAUCGUGCCCGUUAUCCGUCAUCAUCGUCGUUGGUGACAGACUCGCUGGAACGACGACGCUCGCACGUGAGCACGUCGCCGCGGCCGCGAGAUGAGAGACGUGUGACCAAGGAGGAGCUGAUUGCCAGCCGAGGCAUGGCCAGCAGCACGGAGGACUACGGUUCCGAGCUGCAGGAACUGCAGUGGGGCGGCGGUAGCAGCCGGACGCCCUUCCUGCGCGGUGCCGACGGUUUUCACCACGUGCGUAGCGGCACCGGCGGCUACUAUGAGGCCGAAGACCUCGAGCCCAUCACCACGAGUCGGCAUCAUGGCGGCCAGCACCGCGGCUACUACAGCCCGCCCGGCACCAGCUACACCAUCGUCGAGAGGCCGCCCAGCGCGCCCCAUCAUCACUCCUCGCACGCGACCCCCUACAGAUCGCACCGGGGUCGCGGAACCACCGGCGGUACCAGUGCCAUCUCCCCGGAACAAGUGCUUAGGCUGUUCGGCAACAGCGUCGCGGAACGACGUCAAGCCGAGCGUAGAUCGCCGGCAUCGAGCCCGGCGAGCGUGACGGCGGCACGCGGCACGCCGACCACGUCCGGUGGCUCGCAGCAGCAACAGCAGCAGCAGCAACAACAACAGCAACAGCAGCAGUCGUCGCAGCAGUCGCAGCAGCAGCAACAGCAACAGCAGGCCGGGAACGCCGGGAAUCCGCCCACGUCGCCGAUUUCGCAGCCGCUCAGUCUUCAGGAGCUCACCGUAAGGACAAUCACCAUGACGAGAGAUCCGCCGGACUCUCACCAUGGCUUUGGCAUCUGCGUGAAGGGUGGCAAGGACGCAGAAGCGCAGUCAGGGGUGGGCGUCUACAUCUCGAGGGUGGAGGAGGGUUCGGUGGCCGAACGGGCUGGACUCAGGCCAGGAGACACCAUCCUGGAGGUGAACGGCACACCCUUUCGCGCGGUAACCCACGAGGAGGCCCUCAAAAUGUUGAAGUCCUGCAGGACCCUGAGCAUGACGGUGCGAGGACCCGCCUUGGACCCCCGCUGCCGGGGCGGUCAUCCCGUAUGGUCGUCGUCGGGUCGUCCGCAGUCCUGCAGCUGGAUGGACCGCCAAGGUCGUCCGGCGUCCCCGCCGCCCCCUCAUCCGCCCCGUGAUUCCCGCUACGGACCGAGGACGCGGAAGGUCGAGCUGUGCAUCGAACCCGGCCAAUCUCUAGGCUUGAUGAUCCGUGGCGGCCUCGAAUACGGCCUCGGAAUCUACGUAACGGGCGUCGACAAAGACAGCGUUGCCGAUCGCGCCGGGCUUCUUGUGGGCGAUCAAAUCAUCGAAGUGAAUGGGCAGAGCUUCGAAGAGGCGACGCACGAUGAGGCUGUUCAGAUAUUGAAGACCAACAAGAGGAUGAGCCUGCUGAUACGCGAUGUCGGCAAAGUACCCCAUUCGUGUACCACUAGCCAGCCUAUAGUGGUCCCGACCACCCGAUAUCCCGAACACGAUACCCUACUUCUGGAAAGCCCCGGGAAUCAUCGUCCACCCAGUCCCGUGACAUUUGAUUUCUCGCAGAGGGGUGCGCCCGGUGGUUGUUGCCGUCCGGGACGACUGGUGGACGUCGAGGGAGACCCUCUGGGAGUGACGGGCCCUCUUCUACCGCGGGAUAGCCAGGAGUAUAGAUCGCCGAGCGAGGACAGCGGUCUCGGGGCCGACAUGCCCAGGACCAGAGUGGGCUGCAGGAGGGCGCAGCAGCACCAAGUGACGACCUCCGACCUCGCCCUCUCCAAUGAUGACGAGUGCGACAAUCAGGAUUACGAUGACGAGAUUGAAAACGGACGGGGUCGCAGACACAGUUCGCCAGGCGGCUCACGAGGUAACCCCAGGGAUUACGGCCAUCAUCUGCACCCAGACAAUUUGGAGAGCGAUGGGGGUUGCGAGGGUAGCGACGCCGAGAUGAUCGGUAACGGGAGACGGGGCGCCGGCGAGAGGAAUCGCGAUUUGGAGGAGGAUGACGAGCUCGAGAGCAAGGAGGAGAGGGGCUCGGAGAGUGGAGGAGGUGGUGGAGGUUUCGGUGGUUGGAGGUCCCACCUGCUCGGUGGACUAACGCAACGCGUCAAAUCCUGGUACUGGGGCGCCAGGCCCCUCGAGCUCGCGCACAAGCUUUCGCGGAGCUUCGACAUGCAGGAAGCGCAGCUGCUGGAAGAGGGUGGUUCCAGCAGCGGAUCCGCCGUGGGUGGGCCCGCGGGGGGUCCGCCGCGAAGGCAUCACAGCGUGCAGCGGCUGACCCGCAGCGAGAUGUCGGAGCGACGGGAGGAGGACGGCGCCUUGGUGGUGCCCGAUCAUCAGGGUAAUCUGCGAAUCACCGUGAAAAAGACCAAGUCGAUUCUGGGCAUCGCCAUCGAGGGCGGCGCCAACACCAAGCAUCCACUGCCCCGGAUCAUCAACAUACACGACAACGGAGCAGCUUACGAAGCUGGCGGCCUCGAAGUCGGACAGCUCAUCCUCGAGGUCGAUGGUCAAAAAGUUGAAGGACUUCAUCAUCAAGAGGUCGCGCGACUGAUCGCGGAGUCAUUCGCGCGCCGCGACCGAAACGAGAUCGAGUUCCUGGUAGUGGAAGCGAAGAAGAGCAACUUGGAGCCGAAGCCGACGGCGCUCAUUUUCCUGGAGGCGUAGCAGGAAUCUCCCACCUCCGAGCCGGAACCACCAUAGCCCAACCUGACCAAAGCUCGGUCAACGGCAAUCCAACUCGAACGUCCCCGCCGUUGAAUCCGAUCGAGAUUAAGCUGCAAACGGAUCGUCAAAAUUUCCCGAAGAUCCAGCUUUAGAAGUAGCCUCGAAGGGAUCUAACGAUCUCCUUCGAGUUCUCGAUUCGGACGGCCGAGCUGUCGGUCAGCUGCUAAUUGAUUAACCUGGCCCUGGUGGUGGGAUCUUCACUUCAACCGCUGAUGAAACAACACCUCGAAGAUUACACUCUUCAAAUGGAGAAGAAGCGAGGACGCCGAAGAGAUUCCGGACCGGCGUUGCCAGACCCAGAUUUAGGCCCCUCGGAAGGCCACGUUACCAUGGGACUAGGAAUCCUUGAAAGUUCCUGGACUCUCGUGCUGAAGUAUAGCUGGAGUCGCAAAUCCGCUCGAAACUUUCCUCCCCUCGCGCGCGAAAUCCGCGAAAUCGGCACGAGACUUGCCGUAAAGAAGUUACCUUACUGUAUAUAUUACAUACCGCUGUACAUACUCUUGUAACAGAUCGCAGUUCGAUAGGAAGCAAAUAGCCGAUAUUUCGAGAGCACCGGGACAGUACAUUCGGAUGAUGGCUUCUGGCAACGCCGCGUCCAAUCUCGAAACGCAGAACUGUUUACCAAUUAAUUGCGCGAUUGUCGUAACCAAGUUGAGCUCGAUAACAAGAUGCGAGAGCUAUCAUCCCUCGGAGGACCCCGAAGAUAAAGCGCAAAGAGAAAGAGAGAGAAUCGUAUAUUUUAUUUUUUAACAUCGGUGGUUACUUCAAGGUUGUUUGAGAGAAAACGGACGGCAGAAUCGCGCAAUGUGCCAAACUAACUAACGCAAGCCGUUUACGUAUACUUAAUAAAGCUACUAAUCGAUAAGGGAUCGAUAUUCGGGACAGGGGGAGGGCAUAAAUUCGGCGGAAUGCGCGAGGCAGUGCAACGAGGGGAGGGCGAACUUAACAUGCUCACACGGUGUAGUUGCGUGAACGAUUACCUCACAGACAUUACACCCACGCGUUCGACACAGAUAUUAUAUUCGCGCGAAAUCUGUAUCUCGACGGUGUAAAGUCGCGUCGGCUCGAGUCCGAGAUUAAUCGCGCCGUUGAUUAAUUAUGAGAGUUAUGAUAUUUGUAUCCGAAAGGUAGAAGGACGCGAGUUCGAAAGCUCAUUAUUUUCAGGCGAAGCUUGGCGAGCUUCUGAAAAUUGUAAACGCGCAACUUUUAGUGAAAAAUAAAUUAAAUAAUACGGGGAGGUAUGCAGAACAAAUUAAAUUAAAUAAUGUAAAUUAAAUAAAUAUAAAAUUCGCAUAUAAAAUAAAGUAGAUGUGAAAUUUGUGUUAUAAAAGAAUUGUUUUUCUAGAAAAAAAAACGUAUUCAAAUAUUCUAGAAUUUUUUAACGCAGUCCUGAUUUUUUCGUUAUUAUACUUAUUUAAUUUGAGAAUUUUUAUGAAUAACUAAUAUAAUUAAUUCUAGACAACUUCCUUCUACUUUUCGAGUACAGUUCUGUUGAUCAAGAUUCUCGUUAAUUCGAGUGAUUAGGUGUCGUUCGGCUGGUCCUCGAAAUCGCGCCUAAUACCGCUUAAUAGUCUGUUAAAUGUUAUACUGUAUAGAUUAACGUUGACGUAGUUGAUAGCCGUUGAUUAGAACGUCGCUAGGACGUUACGCGUUGUUCGUUUAUUGCGUUGUCAGUUGUGUGUUAGAAGAUUUUGACCCCUCGGGCGCGCGAUAUACUCAUAAAACAAACACUUGCAUGUAACUUUUCCAAUUUAAUCCAAUUAACUUUAACGUAACUACAUUUCACGCUGAAAUUUAAAAUCAAGUAAAAAAUAACAUUUCGUUGUCUCUCUACAGAGAUACCAAUCUGCCAAGAGUGAAUCGAUUUUCGCACUAAUAUAAUCUAGAAAUUGUCAGUAUUUUUCUUGAUUUAUUCUCUAUAACGUCUGUGAUAAAAAUUAAGUUAAGACCUAGAAUACAUAGAAAUCGAAUUGAUAUUUAAUAAAUAUCAAACAGAAAAAGAUAUAAUUUUUGAGAAAUCCCUCAUGCGCGUAACAAAAGUAUCGUGACCCGAGGUAGGAUUAAUGAUAAUAUUUUUUUGACUGUCGAAUAUGGCCGAAGUGCGUCGAUGAGAUCGUCAUCGAGGCAGAAUUAACGACGAUCUUGACCGAGAUCGGGACGAUGGGGACGUGUUACGUUGCAAACCGUUGUUGAGGCUUAAAGAAGUAUAUUACUCACGUACACACUAUGGUACACAUAUUUAUACAUGUACAUAUAAGUAUUAUGGUAUGAAAAAUUACCGUAGUGGAAUUGCAAAUUGUACCUAACUAACUGGGCGUCAAGCGCCUCGCCGAAAGGGGAAUAAUUUAAAGAUAAAAAGAAGGAAAUAUAUAUAAAAUAAAAGAAUAAUAAGAGGGCGGUAUUUUCGAAGAGAAAUUGUAAGCUUAGAGAGUGCGUACGCAUAGUAAGGGCCUGAGUCGAGUUUGUGUUCGAGCAACGGAAAAAAUCGCGGAGGAUCCUGCGUAAACGGGAGGAUCUCGGGAAGAUCCUUCGACAAAAUCUCUGACUCUAGGAAAAAGGCGGCCUUGUUGAUUAAAUAAAUUUUUACAUUUUCUCUUUCUUAUUCGAAUUAUCGUGCUUUAUCUCGAUACGUACCUUCCACAUUUUCACACAGAUUUUUACACAAAUUUAAUUUAACUGUACCUGUAAAGUCGAAGAAAAUUAGCUGCUACGAAGGCUGAUUUUCGUUUGCAACAUUGCAAACUAUUUUUAAUUAUAAUACGAAGAAAACCGUGAUAUGUUUUUUUCCUCGAGUCGGGAAAGUUUACUGGAAAUUCAUUCUGCGAAUAAUAUAAGACUCCAGAUUAGUCGCAUUCCAUUCUUGCGUAUAUGCAUGAUUCCGACAAAUAGAUGCGAAUAAAUGAAGAUAUAGAAAUUAUUAAAUAUUAUCUUCAUAUAGCAAGCGAUAAAUAGAGCAGGAAUCGAGUAGUGCGUAAUGACAAGCAUACCGCGAGUAUUUUAAUACGCUAAUCACGCAUCUGCCGAGAGAGGAGAAACGACUCGAUCGUCCGCGAUUUUGCCGACUAAAACAAAAAAGAAAAACUGUUAAAACUAUAGAUAGAGAGAAUAUACGCGUGCGAGCAAUUUUUGUAUGAAUGCCAAAUCGAGCCACAAGCGAGCGAAGAAAGACACUUAAUCACAUUAUCCAAGCGAUUAAUCCCACGCCGAUAUGAUACAUGAAUGUUGUUUAUAAAUGUAUAAAAUAUUCUAUUUUUAUCUCGUCAAAUGUUAACACGACCGACAUUUUAACAUUUUUGAAUUGUUGCUUCGAUAGAUUGGCGUUCUAAACAAAUCGUUUCAACUAUUUAAUAUUCCGCAUCUCAUGAAAUAAUUCUAAUAAUAAAGCUUAAAAUAAAAUUUAAGUUUAAAUUAAGUUAAUCGCUUGACAUUAUUUUGAAAAUAAAAGUUUUUUAAUCUUGCUACCGAAAAGUACAACAAACUUUUUCUUGUAGAUAUCGUUAAGGAGAAGUCUAUUUAAACGACUAUCGUAUCGCGAGGGUUUAAUUGCCUGAGAUUUCAGCAAAUGUGCCAAAAAGUUUGCGCUUAAUCAUAUCCAUCAACGACAACGGCGGCUUCAAUCGACAUCGUCAUGUCGGAGAAGAGGGACAAGAAGGAGGGAGACAACAACAAACUGUGAAAGAUUUCCCGGAGCACAUUUGAAUCUUUUCUUCGCUAUUCUUUUGUAGCAUGCACGGGAGCAUGGCAACUCGCUUUAGUCACUAUGUCGCGGUGAGAGAAAGAUCGGAAUAGUAUUAAGAAAGGGACUAAGAGCGAGAUGAGCUGACGGGACAAACGAGGAAGGCGAGUUUGCGCUUCUCGUUUCCUCUCGAACGGGAGGAAAUGAGAAAAUUCGUCGCGUCGGAUUCGACGAAGGAUCGUCAGACUCGAAAGACGAGAAAGGACGAAGGGGUAGCUCGAAGGAUUUCGAAAAGCGACGGGGGAAAAUAUUACAAGGGAACUUGAACAGAUAAAAAUAAGAUGAGAUAUUUUUGUAAAGCUUUCGAUGUUUACCGCAAUCCCAGAAACGUUUCGAAGAUCUCAGCUGACAUAUCCAACAAUGCCUUAUCGCUUUUAAAAAAAAUCGAAAACUAUCGGGGAAACGUUAUGCGAGAAGGACGAAGAACCGGAAGCGUGAGACACCUGACACACAACCCCAAUCCAUUUCCCGCCUUCCGAGAGAAACAAAUCGCGAGACACUCGGUAGCGCUUAAAAAGAAUCGUAAUAGCGCAGUCUUAAUAAUCAUACAGAUCUAUUCUACUUUUAUUUUAUUCGAAAACGCGAAAGAAUAAAGUUAAUAGAAGAUUUUUUAAGAUAUGUCGACGGAUAAUUAAAGCAGCGUGACGUAGAAGGAAAAGAUCGAAAAGACAUUAGCAUUGAAUUGAAUAUUGAUUAAUUAAUGAGCGCCAUAAUUCUUUACUUCACUAGUCAUUUAUUUUCACACGCACGAUAUUUUCAACGCCCGCGAAAAUGUAUGAUUUCGAUCGCGCACUGAUUAAGCUGCGUUCCAAA